ACAAUGAUUGUAGUUAGUUAAUGGUUUUUUUAUUAUAAAACCACGGGCGAUAAUAUGGGUAAAUUGCAAUUUUGCCGCAUUUGUCGUACAGUAAGGAAUCUAAAAUAUUCAUUGAAAGAAUUAAGACAGAUUAAUAAAAAGCAACUGCUAGUGGCUCAAGGUGCAGAAGGGCGGAAAAAUGAUAGGGCUUCAAAAAAACUUUUUCGUACGACGCCUCUUUUGGGUAACAUUUGUCUGGAUUGCGAUGAACGGUUAAAAAUAUUCCACCGCUUAGACGAUAAUGUUCAAGAUAUUAACGAAGACAUAGAGAUUGAUGUGGUUAAUUCAAACAAUCAUUCAAUAACCGGGAUAAGCAUAACAAGUAGACCCCGUGCUGAUUCACCGGUUAUAGUUGAUGAUGACGAUAUGUUAUACAGUUUGUUUAUGCAAAAAAUGGAGCAACAAAAGCACUUACAACAACAACAGCAACAGGUAGUGCAGGAGAGAUCGAAAGGAGCGCAAUGUGAAGAAACAAAUAUAAUAAAUGGUUGUAGACCUACAGAUGUGGAUUCUACUUCUGAACUAAUAACAGCUUUGCCAGCACCUAUUCCUGCAUCCCAAGUCAUGGUUGAUAAGCACGGUCAUCGUAUAGUAGCAAUUAUUGAUCUGGAGGAUGGCGAGGAUUCAUUACCGUCACCAGCUAAAGCGCUUACUCACCAGCAACAAAUACCUUUGAAAGAGUCUUUAAUUUUUCAACCAACUUUAAAUUUAGGACAUACAGCUGAAACUGAUGAUGGCGACAACGAGAUUGUAUUUCGUAAGGUAGGGCCGGAAUCGAGAACGAUGACUAAAGAAAAAAAUCGUAGCAGUUAUGAUGGUAAACAAUUACGGUUGGUAGCCAGCCUUAGUUUACUCUCUAGUGAUUCCGAAGCAGAAUCCGAUAAUAAAAUGAAAACAGAAAAGGCGCAGGAGAUGGUUAAACAAGUUUCCCCAGUAGCUCCAGCUGUGAAACCUGCCUUUGAAUGUACAGAUUGCCAGGCCACACUUGCCGAUCGGAAAGCUUCAACAAAUCAUCCACCCAUUCAUGUGAUUGUUAAAUGUCCUCAGUGUAAAUUAGGUUUUCCAAAAGCACAAUCUUUGGUUCAUCAUAUGCGAUAUAAACACCGUGAAUAUAACGGGCAUGUACUCAUGGAAAGACCGCGCGCUCCGCAGGAUAGUGCAAUGACAAUUCGUUUGCGUUAUAUGCAACAGUCCACCUUUUAUGAAUGUCAGUUAUGUGGGCACAUCAAUGAGGUGUAUAAGGAGCACAAAGAACACAUCUUGGAAAAGCAUGCAAUGGAAUCGCGUUGUCUUAAAGAUCCUAUUAUGAAGCAACUUAAAUGUCCCGUAUGUAAAGUUAAAUGCGGUGCUCAGUAUUUAUCACUAUGUCGGCAUUUGUUAGCCGCUCAUCAGCCCAAUCAAUACAGAACGCAUCUCCGCGAAUUGUUUCAGGUUAGCGCUUUUGGCUGGAACGCCAGCCGACAAAAGGAGGUGGCACAAACUGCACGUAUUUAUCAAUUUACCAAACGUAAAACAUUCUUUUUUGAAUGUAAACUGUGUCGUAAAGUGGUGGUGGGUUAUUUACAUCACUUACGUCAUUUAGGCCAACAUCGCUCCAACUCACCUCGUAGGAAAGACGAAAAACCGAAAGGUAAUAAAAAAUUACAAUCAUCUAAUAAAGCUCUAAUAGAAUCCAAAGAAACUUUAAGCAAGCGUAAACGUAGACUUAAUGAAAUAUCAGAAACUAAAAAGAUGACAAUAAUUGACGAACAAAAAAUACUAAAAACUUGUAAGAAAACAAAACUCAAACGAAAAGAAAAGGAAAAGCAACUUAAUGAACAUUUGAAGCAGUUGAAAAUUGUUAAAGUUAGACCACCACUUAAACAAGUUUACCUUCAAAUUUACACGUGCGGCUAUUGUAGGCAAAAAUUUAAGGGUUUUCGACUUUACAAUUUGCAUUUACUGCAACAUCAUGUCCACGACGAGUUUCAUAAAUGUGAGACAUGCCAGAAGUUCUUUCGAACUGUGAAGAUUUUAGAAAAUCACUCUUUACAGUGUUUAAACAACACGCAACAAAAACAGAAACGUAAACAUAUUCAAGUUCCCUGUGCGAAAGUUGAUGAAAAUUGCAAUAACGGAUGCAAGAGGAUGAAAAACGCAGUAACAGUCAGCACGAAACACAAACAACAGCGGAAGCUGCGGCAACAUCAGCAGCAGCACCAAGUGCCUAAAAAUAAUGAAACGUAUCGACAAGUAGAGUACAACGCGAAUUUGUGGCUUUAUGAUUUAUUAAAAUUAAGUGAAAGAAGGACUUUAAAUAUUAAUAAUGAUGACAAGAACAGAACCACUGCCUUAAAGUAUCGAAGCUAUCCAGCUGUACAGUGUUCAUAUUGUUUGCAUUUAUUCGCUAAUUCUCAGGAUUUCAAGCAACAUGUUAAGUUCGUCCACUCACAUCAACGUCAAGAUGUUCGAAUAAAGUACCAACCCAUUAGACAGUAAAAUUAUAUAUUGAAGUGAUUUUAAAUUUUUAUUUAAAAAACAUGCUUAAUAUCCGCCACCGGAUAAUAUAUUAAUUUUGUUAUUUUGCGUAAUAUAUUUAUCUAUCAAGAGCAUAUAUUAAAUGAUCUAAAAAUUACUCGGCUUGUGAUAGGGAGAAUUCUAAUAACUUAAGGAUAUUAAUUUUAUGCAAUUGCAACGUAGUUAUAUGCAAUGAGUGACAUUUGUCGUCAAUGAACACUUCCUCUACUACUUUUUAGAAUACCUAAAAUACGUUAAAAUAAAAAAUAUUUGAUUUUCGGGAGAAUGACAAUUGUUAAUUGAAAUUAAUUAUCGAGAGUAUUAGCCCACCUAACGAUGCUUUCCUGUGAGCUGAUCUUAUUUUAAUAAAUACAAUAUUAAAAUAUAUAUUGCCACGCUUUCAUGAGGUUAUAUUCAGAUUCAUAGAGAAGAUCUUGAAUGGAGGACUGAAACUAUAUAAAACUUAAAGAUGCGUGAUAUAACUUAUAACUUACUAACUUAGAACUAACAGCUUUAAAAUUGUUUAACAAGUCGAAUGAAAGAUUGAUGUUACCUUCGUACUUUAUAGAACUUGUUUAAAAUUCGAAACCCACUAAGUUAUAAAGUUCAAAGUAAAAAAUUCAUCAUUUUUAAUUACAUUACAGUUUAUCCACCUAACUUUUUUCUACAUAAAAAUAUAAACAACCAUAUGAAUAUACUUCAACUUAUUACAUACAAAUUUGUCAAUAAAACAUGUCUCUAUUGUUUUUUUGAGGUCGUAUACCUCCAUUUUUUCAAAAACAAUAUUAAAGGUGGCGGAUAUAAAAAGAUCAAUUGAAUGUAAACUUCUCUUCCCUUUGCAUUUCUUUUAAUUCUAAUAUUUCCAGUUAUUUAAUGUUCUUCAAAAUGUAAAUUAAUGAUAAUUCAAUUUUCUGAAUUUUAUCUACUUUUUUGGUUUGAAAAUGAAUUAAUUAUAAUUUACUGUUGAGUUAUAUAGAUAUUUUCAAGUUAUUUUAAUAAAUAAGAAGAGGUAGAAUAACAUAAAAUACACUGUUAUCCCCUAAUGUGUAGUCCUUGUUGACUUGUUGCUGGAAUAGUACUUAUAAAAAUCAUUGAGGACAUGACACGUAUUUAUAAA